AUGUCUGCAGCGGAGAUGAAGGCAGGCGAUCUGCUCGCGCGUGACGCCGGAUCGACCAAGGGAUGUCGUCUUUAUCGUCCGCUCAGUCGAUUGGCUGGCAUCGCAUGCUAUUUUUACUACUCCGAGAUCGAGAUCAGUGGCCUCGAGCAUUUGCCAGGCGAUGGCAUUCCCACCGUCGUUGCCGCAGCUCAUCCUGCCCAGCACGUCGAUGCUUUCCUCAUCGUCGGCAGGAUCCCCAUCAGAGCCAGGUCAUUCUUCCGUCCAAUCGCACGAGACAAGGAGUUCAGAAAUAAGUCUCUACUCGGUUGGUUCCUUGAAUCUGGCGGCUGUCUGCCCAUCAUGCGCCAAUCGGACUAUGAAGGGCAGCAGAUCGGCGCAGCCAACGCAAAGCUGAACAGCCGUCUUAUCGAAGAGCUGGGCAACGGUCAAGCCAUCUUGCUCAGUCCUGAGGGCAGAACGCUCUAUCAGCCACAUAUGGCAUCUCUAAAGACUGGCAUCGCGAGGACGGUGUCUGACACACUCACAGCGCAUCGCGAUGAGCCAGAUUGGAAGGUGGUCAUCGCGAACGUGUCGCUCUGUUACCUGCACCGCGAACGUUUCCGUAGCAAGGUUCUGCUCCGGUUUAAUGAACCUAUCAUCCUGACACCUCGCACACAUCCUGAGCUCAUAUGCAAUGCCGAGACGGGAAAGCUUGACGAUUUCGCCGGCGUACGUGCGUUGACAGAACUCAUGGGCACGCGCAUCAAGGAGGGCAUGCUCGACCUCGAUACUUGGGACACAACUCGUCAGGCCAUCAUCGCGCGGUCAAUCUUGCAGCCCUUGGACGCUCCGCGACCUUCCUUGUCAGACUAUGUGACGCAAGCGCAAAAUAUCGGCCUAGCUAUCAUGGACGCUGACUUCUACCACGAUUCCGAAAAUUCGGAGAAGAGCAGUCAGACCGGCAAAUCGACGCCCAGCUCACCUAUCGUGCCCACACUGGGCAAGGACUCGUCGCGAAUGAUCAUAUCCUUUUCCGAAAAGUCGAUCGAAUCUAGCGAAGAGGGAAGAAAGUCGAUGCUACCCGAUCAGCUCCUUAACUAUCUCAAUCGUCUCGAGGCUUUCGGCAUCAAUGAUCACGACCUAAUGCAUGUCGCCACACAGCACAGUAUAUGGCUCUUGCUUCAGCUGCUGGUCAGGAUCAUCGUCACGCCUGUCAUCGGUGCAUUCGCAAUACCAGCAACGAUCCUGCUCGCGCCGAUGUUCUUGAUGUGCAGCUACAGCUGCGGCAAGAUGGCAAAGGGCCGACCAAACUCGGAAGGCGAAGACUGCGUGCGUUUGAUGCAGUCACGCGUCAGGAUAUUGGCGGGUUUCGUGGGAUUGAUCGUGUCAUGGUUUCUGUGCCUGAUAGUCCUCGUCGUGGUCGCCGUCACAGUCGAUAAAGCGCAUUGGGUCUGGCCAAUCCUGUUGGUCGUGCCCGUCCUGCAAUUCCUCAGUAUCAAAGUCAUCGAAUUUUUCUACGCUUCGACUCGUACAGGUCUUGUCUUCUGCUACAUCCUCACAUCGAGACUACGUGGUUCGUCUGCGAUACCAGAAAUGCAAGCUGCUCGUACACAGCUACAUACACAACUCCAGGCGCUCGUCAAAGCCUCGCCCUAUGCAGCAAAAUGCACGACCACAUCACAACCUCGAGGAAAGGUCUGGCUGCUUAGGGAUGCAAUCUACCGCGUAGCUAUAGGCCGCCAGCCCGACUGGAGCGACUGCCUCAGUCUUCACGACCAAACACGAUACAAGUGA